AGGAGGCGGCAGGGGCGGGCGGCCCGCACCAGCCAUGCCGAAUAAAAACAAGAAGGAGAAAGAACCAGCAAAAUCGGGGAAAAGUGGAAAAAGUACAAAAGAAGGACAAGAUGCUGUAGAACAGGAGAUUUCUAACAAGAAAAACAGCAUUAUUGCGUCCCAAACUUCAUUGUCUAAAAUGAAAAUACCUACUCCACAACCUGUAGUGAAGAAAGAAAAACGCCUAAGUAAUUCAAGGUUUAAUGUUAGCAAUAACAGAGAACUACAAAAACUACCAGCUUUAAAAGAUGUACCUCCUGCUGAUCAAGAGAAGCUUUUUAUCCAGAAGUUGCGUCAAUGUUGUGUCCUUUUUGACUUUGUUUCUGAUCCACUAAGUGAUCUAAAGUGGAAGGAAGUAAAACGAGCUGCUUUAAGUGAAAUGGUAGAAUAUAUCACACACAAUCGAAAUGUGAUCACAGAGCCUAUUUACCCUGAAGUAGUACAUAUGUUUGCAGUUAACAUGUUUCGAACAUUACCACCGUCAUCCAAUCCCACUGGAGCAGAAUUUGAUCCAGAGGAAGAUGAACCAACGCUAGAAGCAGCGUGGCCUCAUUUACAGCUUGUUUAUGAAUUUUUCUUAAGAUUUUUAGAAUCUCCAGAUUUCCAACCUAAUAUAGCAAAGAAAUAUAUUGAUCAGAAGUUUGUAUUGCAGCUUUUAGAGCUCUUUGACAGUGAAGAUCCUCGGGAAAGAGAUUUUCUUAAAACUACUCUUCACAGAAUCUAUGGGAAAUUCUUAGGCUUAAGAGCUUACAUCAGGAAACAGAUUAAUAAUAUAUUUUAUAGGUUUAUUUAUGAAACAGAGCAUCACAAUGGCAUAGCAGAAUUACUGGAAAUAUUGGGAAGCAUAAUUAAUGGAUUUGCCUUACCAUUAAAAGAAGAGCACAAGAUUUUCUUAUUGAAGGUGUUAUUACCUUUGCACAAAGUGAAAUCACUGAGUGUCUACCAUCCUCAGCUGGCAUACUGUGUAGUUCAAUUUUUAGAAAAGGACAGCACACUUACUGAACCAGUGGUAAUGGCACUUCUCAAAUACUGGCCAAAGACUCACAGUCCAAAAGAAGUCAUGUUCUUAAAUGAAUUAGAGGAGAUUCUAGAUGUUAUUGAGCCAUCUGAAUUUGUAAAGGUCAUGGAACCUCUUUUCAGACAACUAGCCAAAUGUGUUUCCAGCCCACAUUUCCAGGUGGCAGAGCGGGCACUGUAUUACUGGAAUAAUGAAUACAUUAUGAGUUUAAUCAGUGACAAUGCAGCAAAGAUUCUACCCAUCAUGUUUCCAUCUUUGUACCGUAAUUCAAAGACCCAUUGGAAUAAAACAAUACAUGGCUUGAUAUAUAAUGCAUUGAAACUCUUCAUGGAGAUGAACCAAAAACUGUUUGAUGACUGCACGCAACAAUUUAAAGCAGAGAAAAUGAAAGAGAAGCUAAAACUGAAGGAACGGGAAGAAGCUUGGGUUAAAAUAGAAAAUCUAGCCAAGUCCAACCCCCAGUACACAGUGUAUAGUGAAGCCAGUUCCAUGAAUCUUCCAGUUGCAAUGGAAACAGAUGGGCCUUUAUAUGAAGAUUUACAGAUGCUGAAAAAGACAGUCAAUGAAGAGUCACGUCAGGCACAGAAAGAUCAGAAAAAGGAUCGUCCUCUUGUGCGACGCAAGUCAGAACUGCCUCAGGAUAUCUAUACCAUGAAAGCCUUGGAAUCCCAUUGCAGAGCUGAUGAGAUAAUAUCACAUGAUGGGCAUUAGCUUAUUACCAUGGAAUAUAUGGGGAGGAGGCAUAUUCUUUUGGACUUAGUAGAAAAUACAUACAUCUUGUGCCAUACAGAUCAGUUGUACUCAAAGUCAAAAGCUUUUUUCAACCCAGUUCUGUAGGCAAUAACUUAAUUCAGCAAACAGCUCAAGAUCAGUAGUUCAAACAAUGGUAAAUUAUCAGGCUCCAUUUGCAGAACCAUGGGUUGAUAAGUAUUAAGUGACCACGUUUUUCAGGUGGUGGUGCCGUCAUAACCCCAGCAUAUUCUAAAUAUGAGUAUUUCAGUUAAACAUUAGAGCCAAAUAGAAAAGCACCCUGAUCAUAAUCAACUCCAUAUUCAAACAGAACAAAAUUUGUAUCCAUUAAAAAUAGCUGGUACUAUGAUAAUGUCAGAUGUUUCAGAAUUGAAAAGUAUACUUUAAAGUAUUACACAUUUUAAGACUUUACAACCUUAAAAUUAUUUCCACAUUGUUCUAUACCAGCAGUUUUUAAAGUACAUGAAAACGAUUCUUUCAUAUUUUAACACAGCUUACAAAAAUUGACUUAUGACAAUCCUCAGUCGCUGUUGUUUUUCUGUUAUUUCUGUUAUUUCUUUACUUUGGAUAGAGACAUAUGUAUUGUGUCUUAGUAGUUCUACAUAUAUCUAAAGCCAUAUCUUCAGGUCUUUCAUACAGCACCAGUAUUCCAGGAGUAAAAUGGUAGAAGAAAUUUGUUUUCCUAAGAGCUUUUUCUGUCUACCUUAACUGGAAUUGGAUUAAAUUUUUUUAAGUGUUUCAUUUUCCAAAUUUUAUUUUACCUUUAAUUGAACAUUGUUGCCCCUUAUCCAGGCUCUGGAACCUUAGUAAGAUACUUGGGCUCUAAGAGUUCAGAAUUUUGUAGAAAAGUUAGAAUAAAGUCAUUUUAAGUUGAAUCAUUUCUCGGCCUAGCCCAGCCUGCUGCCUUCCAGUGAAACUAAACAUCGAUUAUAUAAUGUGCCAGGUAUUAAAAUGACAUUGUUCUAUGUCUUUGAGUAAGUGUUGGUCUCAGAGCUUAGAGGAGGCAACAGUGAUGGUAAUUUUACGUAAAUGUAUAUUUUUUUUUUCUGUUGAAAAGAGCACACAUGUUACAAAUACACCUCACAAGUAAAAUGAAAAUGCAUCUGUUUCCAUUGAACUUCAAAUGCUGCUAUAUAUUCCACAAACUUACUUGCAUGUAAUGUACUUUUUGUUUUAAAUGGAACAGCACGGGGGAG